AUGCAGCAAGCAGUCCCGAGGGUUCUCGCCCCUAAAGAAGCAAUAAUAUUCAUGCCCGUCUUCCCCGCCACGGGACCCCGCUGUCGCUUUUCCCUUCAAGCGCGCGCGGGCAAUUUUCGUCUCCGCACCCUCACUCCGUGCUUUUCCCGUUCUUUCAACUUCUCCUCCGCACGAGGGGUUAGAGGAAUUGCUAUAUCGUCGUCGUCAUUUCCCGGUCGGCCUCCGCUGAGUUCAGCUUUUUUAAGCCCCACGGCCGCCUCUUCCCAUCGCACGUUCUGCAGUUCCGCAAUCAUGGCAGCCAAGAUUGACGGCACCGCGAUUGCCAAGAGCAUCCGUGAGGGCCUGAAGACAGAGAUUGAGAAGACUCAAGUUACCAAUCCUCGAUUCAAGCCCAGUCUGGUCAUUUUUCAGGUUGGAAACCGGUCCGAUUCUAGUACCUAUGUGCGCAUGAAGCUGAAGGCCUGCGAGGAGGCCAACAUCAUCUGCACUCUGAUCAACGUUCCCGAGACCAGCACCGAGCUGGAGCUUCUCCAGGAGAUCACAAAGGCCAACAAUGAUCCCUCCGUCCACGGUAUCUUGGUCCAGCUACCCCUCCCUUCCCACAUGUCCGAGCAUGCGAUCACCUCGGCUGUCUCAGACGCGAAGGAUGUCGAUGGAUUCGGUGCCAUCAACAUUGGUGAGCUGGCCAAGCGUGGCGGCCGCCCGCUCUUUGUUCCCUGCACCCCACUCGCCGUCAUGGAGCUCCUGAAGGCCAGCGGAGUUGAUCCCGCUGGCAAGGAGGCGGUUGUCCUGGGCCGCAGUGACAUUGUUGGUAGCCCUGUUAGCUACCUCCUCAAAAAUGCCGACGCCACUGUCACCCUGUGUCACUCCAAGACCCCUGAUAUCGCUCGUGUGGUCAAGAACGCCGACAUCGUUGUCGCUGCCAUUGGACAGACUGAGAUGGUAAAGGGUGACUGGUUGAAGCCCGGUGCCGUCGUCAUUGAUGUCGGAAUCAACUACAAGCCUGAUGCAACGAAGAAAUCAGGCCAGCGCUUGGUUGGUGAUGUGGAUUUCGAGUCUGCCUUCCAGGUCGCCUCUCAGAUUACCCCCGUUCCUGGUGGUGUUGGCCCUAUGACCGUUGCCAUGCUCCUCAAGAACGUCGUCCACGCCGCCAAGUCCUACUUCGAGAAGCAGAAGGACCGUCACAUCACUCCACUUCCCAUUCGAUUGGAGCGCCCCGUCCCAUCCGACAUCGCCAUCUCUCGUGCUCAGUACCCCAAGCCCAUCACCCAGGUUGCAUCGGAGGUUGGCAUUGCUUCUCAUGAGCUUGAGCCUUAUGGCCACACGAAGGCCAAGGUUAAUUUGAGUGUUUUGGAUCGUCUUUCUCACCGUCGCAAUGGACGCUAUAUCCUGGUUUGCGGUAUUACACCCACUCCCCUCGGUGAGGGCAAGUCCACCACCACUCUCGGUCUUACCCAGGCCCUGGGUGCUCACUUGAAUCGCAUUACUUUCGCCAAUGUCCGACAGCCCAGCCAAGGCCCGACUUUUGGUAUCAAGGGCGGUGCUGCUGGUGGUGGCUAUAGUCAGGUCAUUCCCAUGGAUGAGUUCAAUCUGCACUUGACCGGUGACAUUCACGCCAUUACCGCGGCCAACAACCUGCUCGCCGCUGCCAUUGAAACCCGCAUGUUUCACGAGUCCACCCAAAAGGAUGGUCCGCUGUACAAGCGUCUUGUUCCCGCCAGCAAGGGCAAGCGUGAGUUCAAGCCCAUUAUGUUCCGCCGACUCAAGAAGCUCGGCAUUGACAAGACCAACCCGGAUGACCUCACCGAGGAGGAGAUCCGUCGCUUCGCCCGCCUGGACAUCGACCCGGAGACCAUCACCUGGCGCCGUGUCCUUGAUGUCAACGACCGCCACCUCCGUGGCAUCACCGUUGGUCAGGCCCCCACAGAGAAGGGUCUUUCUCGCGAGACCGGAUUCGAUAUUUCCGUCGCCAGUGAGUGCAUGGCUAUCCUUGCCCUAAGCAACAGCCUGGAUGAUAUGCGUGAGCGUCUUGGUCGCAUGGUUGUUGCAACCUCCCGGAGUGGGGACCCCGUUACUUGCGAUGACAUUGGCGCUGGUGGUGCCCUGGCUGCUUUGAUGAAGGACGCUAUUAAGCCAAACCUGAUGCAGAGUCUGGAGGGAACCCCCGUUUUGGUACACGCUGGCCCCUUCGCCAAUAUCAGUAUCGGUGCUAGCUCGGUCAUUGCCGACAAGCUCGCCCUCAAGCUGGCUGGUACCGAGCCUGAUGAGGACCACGAUGCUAAGACUGGUUUCGUCGUGACUGAGGCAGGCUUCGAUUUCACCAUGGGCGGUGAGCGUUUCUUCAACAUCAAGUGCCGAUCAUCGGGCUUGUCCCCUGACACCGUUGUCAUUGUGGCUACGGUCCGUGCGCUCAAGGUGCACGGCGGUGGUCCCGAGAUCACUCCCGGCGGUGCCCUCCACGAGAUCUACCGCACCGAGAAUGUUGAUAUUCUCCGCGCAGGCUGCAUCAACCUGCGCAAGCAUAUCGCCAAUGCCAAGCAGUACGGCGUGCCGGUUGUUGUGGCCAUCAACCGUUUCGAGACCGACACUGAGGCUGAGAUUGCCGUCAUCAAGGAGGAGGCCAUCGCUGCGGGUGCGGAGGACGCCAUUCCCGCUAACCACUGGGCUGAUGGUGGAGCGGGCGCCGUCGACCUUGCCAAGGCUGUGCUCGCCUCUAGCUCCAAGCCUAAAGACUUCAAGCUACUGUAUGACCUAAACGGCAGCAUCCAGGAGCGCAUCGAACGUAUCGGCAAGGCCAUGUACGGUGCUGAGAAGGUGGAGUUCAGCGAGCUGGCGCAGAAGAAGGUUGAUACCUACACGCAGCAGGGUUUCGCCAAUCUGCCGAUCUGUAUUGCCAAGACGCAAUACUCGCUCAGUCACGACCCGGCCCUGAAGGGCGCCCCGACUGGGUUCACUGUGCCCAUUCGGGAUGUUAGAUUGGCUGUGGGCGCUGGAUAUCUCUACGCCCUAGCUGCUGAUAUCCAGACGAUCCCCGGUCUGCCCACUGCUCCGGGCUACCUUAAUGUGGACAUUGAUACCGAGACCGGGGAGAUCGACGGUCUAUUCUAG